GAAGCGGAAGCGACGGCCGUGUCCUUCUGGGCCGUGGCGCCGGGGCGGCAGCAGCAGCAGCAGCAGCAGCAGCAGCAGCAUGGCGGACGCGGCCUCGCAGGUGCUGCUGGGCUCGGGGCUGACGGUGCUGUCGCAGCCCCUCAUGUACGUGAAGGUGCUGGUGCAGGUGGGUUACGAGCCGCUGCCGCCCACGCUGGGCCGGAACAUCUUCGGCCGCCAGGUCUACCAGCUGCCGGGACUCUUCGCAUACGCCAAGCACAUCGUGAAGGUCGACGGGAGAGCGGGACUCUUCAAAGGCCUCACCCCCCGGCUCUGCUCCAGCGCCAUCGGCACCGUGGUGCACAGCAAAGUGCUGCAGCGGUACCAGGCUGCCAAGCAGGCUGAGCCAGGAGCCAGCAAGCAGGAGCCCGUGUCCUCGCUGGAGCAGGUCCUCAAGGAGACUUCCCGAGAGAUGGUUGCUCGCUCCGCCGCGACCCUCAUCACCCACCCAUUCCACGUGAUCACCCUGCGAUGCAUGGUGCAGUUCAUCGGCAGGGAGACCAAGUACAGCGGGACACUAAGCGCCUUCACCACGAUUUACCGAGAAGAAGGCAUCCUGGGAUUCUUUGCCGGCCUCAUCCCCCGGCUCCUCGGAGACAUCCUGUCGCUCUGGCUCUGCAACAUGCUGGCCUACCUCAUCAACACGUACGCGCUGGAGAACGGGGUCUCCAUGGCAGAGAUGAAGAGCUACUCGCAGGCAGUCACCGGAUUCUUCGCCAGCAUGCUGACGUACCCCUUCGUGCUGGUCUCCAACCUGAUGGCCGUCAAUAACUGCGGGCUGGCUGGGGGCCUCCUCCCCUACGCGCCCACCUACUCCUCCUGGCUGGACUGCUGGAGCCAGCUGCACAAGGAGGGCAACAUGAGCCGAGGGAACAGCCUGUUUUUCCGCAAGGUGCCCGCAGGGAAGCGAUACGUGUGGGAGGAGAGGAGGUUCCGCUGAAGCCGAGAGCGGAGUCGCGAAGCUGAGGCCGAGCUCUGGAGGCAAAGAAUUAUGAGAGAGUUGUGAUUUCUAUACAGUUUUUUUUAAAAAUCAUUUAAUCCUGAGAGACAAA